AUGGCAGAACAAGACCAAGACCAAGAGAAACAAUGUCGUAUCUGCUUCGAGGGCGAAGACGACUCAUCAGGAAGACUUAUUCGACCUUGUCUGUGCAAGGGUUCCAUUAGCCAUGUUCAUAUAGCCUGCCUGAAAAAGUGGAGGAGCUCGUCUUUCAGCAAUAACUCUUUCUAUCGCUGUCCACAGUGUCAUUACCGCUAUCACUUUGCUCGCACCAAAGCAAUUGGGUUGGCGACCAACCCGAUCGUAGUUGGCAUGAUAUCUUCCUUUUUGUUCACCAUACUCGUCAUGUGUUCGUCCUAUGUUACAACCUAUUUCAUGGACUCUUUCGAGGAUCAUUCGUUCUACGGAUCGUCUUACUACUUCUUCAUCUCGCCGAUUGACGUUGGCCACGAUCUCAUCCGCGCAGCAUUACGAAUACUUCGAGAUCAAGACGCGUUACCUCUAGAGGACAGCGCUGCAAGACUAACGAGAACUAAUCCUGCCCCGUUCCCAUCCUCACCAUCAUUCUUGAAGCGGUUUGUGCGCAGGUUCAUUAUCGGCCUCCCUAUGAUAGGUGCCGGGUCCGUAGUUCAUAUGCUCUUGUCCGUGCCUCUCCUUGGGCCGGUCCAUUGGAUAGCUCGUUUCAGAGGGAAUAGAAGCCGGAGGGGUAGUUCAACAGACAUAGCUGCGAUGAUCAUAUUGGGUUUACUAGUUGUUGGCAUUGCGAGGGCGUUAUACAAGGCUUAUAAGUUGACGCGAAAGAUCAGCGAACGUUUACUUCUGUACGCGGAAGAUGUCAUCCUGGAAGUCAGUUGA